GACAGCAAAACAAAAGAAAAGAAGAAGAAACAAACAAUUCACCUGCAGAAAAUAUCUUUGUUAGUUCAUUAAUUUCCCGGAAAAAUAGAAAAUUCAUCGAGAAAAUGGAUUAUGUGUACGUGCCCGGAGAUGGGGGAGAUCCACCGGAAGAUAUUUUAGCGAUGCAAAUGUUUGAGGGCACCUCUGCCGCCUCAGAUUACCCUCCGGGAUUUCAACCAUUCACAGUGCCCCAGAAUGAUGCAGAAUACCUCCCGAUUAGCUUUGUUCAGGCAGACGGAGGGGAUCGCUUUGGGGUGUCAACGGUGUGCUUUGAUACCCACGAAGAGCUCCUGUGGAUGGGGAAUCAGGGGGGCCACGUGACAUCCUACUACGGGGGUACAAUGCAGAAGUACACGUCCUUCCAGGUGCACGCAACGGACAUUGUGCGACAGAUACAUCCCACAGAAUCGGGUAUUUUAGUCCUGACCAGCACCUGCUUGAGGCACCAAAUCCGCCGGGGGAUACCCAAGUAUACGCACACAUCGAAGAAUAUGCAGGAUAUGAUGUGUAUGGUACAGAUGAGUCCCAAUCGCUUCCUCCUGGGCGGGAAUCAGGAUGUUCUCAUUGAGUACGACGCUGAGGCGCGUGAGGAGACAAAUCUGGCGAGUGCUGGGGAGAAUGGGUGCGUCGUGUUGCGCCUCCACAAUCGUUUCCUCUGCACUGGUGAUGCCUUUGGCCAGAUAACACUCAGGGAUCCUGCAUCGCUCACCGUUGAGCACACAAUCCGGCCGCACUACGGAAGCCUGUCGGAUUUUGACGUGGAAGGGAACUACCUCGUCUCGUGUGGAUUCAGUGAACGCACCCCGGGCACCUUGUCCGUUGAUCGCCUUCUCAUGGUCUACGACCUCCGAAUGCUGCGCCUCGUCUCACCCAUUAAGGUGCACAUUGAUCCACAACUGCUGCGCUUCCUGCCGUCGCAGUGCUCACGCCUCGCUGUGGUUUCACCCCUUGGGCAGCUGCAGCUCGUAGACACGGUGGAGCUGAGUGAGCCACGUGUUUCCGUGUACCAAGUUAACACAUCCGGCAGUCAAUGCCUCACCUUUGACAUCAGCUCCUCCUGCCAGGCAAUGGCAUUUGGGGAUCAGAGUGGACACAUUAAUCUCUUCAGCUCCGUGAGUGUCUCAGAGCCACAAUUCAAUGCCUUCUCGCGCAGUACGGAGUUUGCUGAUCCCAUUGAACCCCUCCCAAUGGUCCCGAUAACAGAUGAGAACUUCCCCCUGUCCUCAAUUCCACUUCCGGAACUCACAACGGGCGACAGGUGGCUGAGUGAUUGGCCCCCGCAGCUCAUGGAGUACCGCUGGAGACGCCCCAAACCAAUUGAUCCGGAAAUUUUGGCCACGAUGAAGAUGCAGGGCCCCAUUGGGUAUGCCCUGAACCCACGGCACACGCGCAGAAAUCAAAUUCCCUACUACAUGGAUGGCAGUCAGGCCAGUAGUCAAGUGACAACAGCAGUGACAAGCAAUAAACCCGAUGCAGGACUCAAAAUAAUCCCCAAGAGGUACAGAAAGGUUGAAGUGAAAUACUCAAAACUCGGUACACAAGACUUUGAUUUUGAUCAGUACAAUCAGACGGAGUUUGCUGGGUUAGAAGCAAACCUACCCAAUGCCUACUGCAAUGCCAUGCUACAGGUGCUGCACUUUAUAAAGCCACUACGACAGAAUCUCUUUGCACACACGUGCUCCAAAGAAUUCUGCCUUGCCUGUGAACUGGGCUUCCUGUUUCACAUGCUAGCUACGUCGAAUGGUGCUCCCUGUCAGGCUAGUAACUUCCUCAGAUCUUUCCGAACUGUACCCGAAGCAGCUGCCUUGGGGUUGAUUUUGUCGGACAGAACUAGUGCGAAGCCCAACCUCAUUAGCUUAAUUCAGAACUGGAAUCGAUUCAUCCUGCAUCAAAUACACUAUGAACUACUGGAGACUUCUAAAAGAUCUAUACCCCAUCCUUUUGGAGACUGCUCAACGACAUCGUCUCCGAAGAAACUAAGUUCCUACGAAGAGAACUUCCCGAAACUCCAGGAAAUCGCCCCGCCGGUUAAUGAGGAAAAAUUCCAAUUUAUCGAAUCAAAAGACGAGACAGAAGACUUAUCCGAAUCAACACCGAAGCGUGAAGAUGAAGAGACGGAGAUUAGUAGAUUGUUCGGUACAAAGCAAACCUGUACAUCGCGUUGCCUCAAGUGCAGCGAUGAGCGGUCAAAGACGAACAUUCUGCUUGUCUGUAGCCUCCUGUAUGGUGCUCAAAAUCACGAUGAGAACAUCACAUUUGCUCGAAUUCUGAGGAAUUCACUGAGCGGUGAGAAGACCAUUCCAGUCUGGUGUGAACAGUGUAAGAAGUUUACGCCGACAAAUCAGUAUGUGCGUGUAACGAAACUCCCUAAAAUUUUGGCUAUAAACUGUGGGCUUGACAAUGAAAAGGAACUGCAGUACCUCAAGCGGAUUACAAGUAGAACUCCUCAAACGGGACACACGGAAAAUGCUCCUGUUGCGAGUAUGAAGCCGUGCCGUUAUGGUUUGAACUGUUCCCGCAUUGAUUGUCAUUUCACACAUCCAGAUAGGAAGUCUCCAACAUCACAGGCAACAACAUCAACAAAUCCUCCCAAGAGCAAUACGUGGUUCCCACUUAAAUUCUCCCUGACAAUUGAUGCAGACUCCAAUCUGACCAUUGACGGUGAUCUGGGAAGACGUUCACCGGAGCAGAAGACUCCGGAAGAUGCUGAAAAGCCCAUAAUGUACGAUUUAUCGGCUGUUGUGUGUCAAAUAGACGAUGGGACGUGCAAGAAUCUCGUCUCAAUUGUCAAAGUCCCGGAUUCCUGCCAUGCUGUGCCGUCGGAAGAUGGUUCAGGGAAUUGGUAUGUCUUCAAUGACUUCAGCAUAACACCGGUAUCAAUGCAGGAAGCCGUCUGGUUUACGCUUGACUGGAAAGUGCCGUGCGUACUGUUCUACACAACACGCGAUGCCGCCACUGAGGCUGCUGCACAACACGACAAUGGGGGGCUGCCCAAAGGAACGCCGGACUUCAAUCCAUUCACCACAGAUCUCUAUGCGCGACAACUAAUGCUCGAACCAUGUGACUUUCGUCCCCUGGCACCGUCGGAGAUGCCCACACGUGGGGAUCUCGUGGCGAUGGAUGCGGAAUUCGUCACGCUGAAUCUGGAGGAGAAUGAAAUGCGUCCCGACGGGAAGAUGGCAACAAUAAAGCCGAGUCAUAUGAGUGUGGCACGGAUUACGUGUAUCAGGGGGCAGGGGGAAUACGAGGGGGUGCCCUUCAUUGAUGACUACAUCUCGACGCAGGAACAAGUUGUGGAUUACCUGACAAAGUUCUCGGGGAUCAAACCCGGGGAUCUUGAUGCGAAUUUCAGUAAUAAAAAUCUCACAACGCUCAAGAGUUCCUACCAAAAACUACGCUAUCUCGUUGACAUUGGCGUCAUCUUCGUUGGACAUGGCCUGAGGAAUGAUUUUAGGGUAAUCAACAUGAUCGUCCCACCGGAGCAGGUGAUCGACACAGUUCACCUGUUUCACCUGCCGCAUCAGCGUAUGGUGUCACUGCGCUUCCUCGCGUGGCACUUUUUGGGCAUUAAAAUCCAAUCGGAGACUCACGACAGUGUGGAGGAUGCUCGAGCGGCGCUUCAGCUCUACAAGGAGUACGUUAAACUGAAGGAGGAGGACAAGCUGGCGUCCGCAAUCAAGCUCCUGUACGAGAUGGGCAAACAACUCGCGUGGAAAGUUCCCGAAUGAGGCCCCACCAAACACCCCCCAAAACAACCUCCUUUUCAAUUAUAUACAUUUGAAUAAAGAGAAAAGCUCUCCUUUGAGUUUUUUUUAAGCGAGAAAAAAAUAAAACAACUUUUAAUUUUA